AUGCGACGCCGGCUUGACUUACUUUCCAAGUGGUCUGCGUGGGCCAAUAAGCUGGCCGAACCUAAGAAAGCUCUUCAUGCUUCGCUUGAUCCGAGAGUUGGCGCGGUCCUCUCCGGCAAGAAGUUGUUGCUGCUGGAUCGCAUUGCCACAUCCCUUGCCUGGCCAGAUGAGGAUCUUUUUAAGGACCUUAAGGAGGGGUUCGGCAUAGUGGGUUCCGCACCUGUCACGGGGGUUUUCGCGCCCUCCUAUAAGCUUUCGGAGUUCACUGAGGAAGAGCUUGAUCAAAGAGCGAAGUUCUUGCGACCGGCCUUGUGGGCCAAAAUCUCCUCAUCAAAACCUGGGGAUUUCGAUGCCGAGCUUUGGAGCCAGACUCUUGCCGAGAGGGAUCAGAAGAGAUCCGCGAUCUUCCAAAGAAGGAAGCUGAGGUGCAUUGACGAUUUGUCCGAGAACAGUGUUAACUCGUCCUGGGAAGUGGCGGAGAAGAUUGACCUGCGUGCGAUGGACGAACUUCUUUGGAUAACCUCAAGGCUCAUGCAAUCCAUCGUUGACCGAGGUUCUGUUAAUCUUCGUCUUUCCUCUGGCGAAGUGAUCAGCGGCCCUUUGCACACCGUUUGGCGCACGCGGCCUGAGUCCGCGCGCCCGGUUUUGAAGUGCGUGGACUUGAAAUCUGCGUACAAACAGUAUGCUAUAAGGCCAUGUGACAGCAAGAGGUGUGUGGUCAGCCUCAGGCAGCCCUCCGACGGUCAAGCCGUCGGUUUCAUUUCGCAUACCCUUCCCUUCGGCUCGCUCGCGAGCGUGGGGCAGUUCAAUCGCGUUGCCCGUUUGAUUCACCGCAUCCUUGUCGAGCUGGAGUGCCUGGCCUGCAACUAUUAUGACGAUUAUCCAGUGCUCGAUGUGAGUAUGCUCUCGGCCAAUACCGAGAGGACGAUCCGCAAGCUCAUGCGUUUCUUGGGCGUGGUCUGCUCAGAGGAUAAGGAGUUGCCCUUUUCUUCGGUUGCCGAUCUUUUGGGGGUUCGCCUGGAUCUUAGGGCUAAGGAUUUUUCUUGCGUCACUGUUGCUAACAAGCCUGACAGGGCUCGCGAAAUUUCCGAGUCGGUCGCUAAAGUCCUAUCGGAUGGCCAAGUGGUGGUCAGAGAAGUCGACAGCUUGUUUGGGAGGAUUCAGUAUGCCGAUUCUCAAAUCAUGGGCCGCAGGGGCAAGCUGGCUUUGAGCACGCUUAGGAAGCUCUCGCGAGGCUCAGGCGUUCAUCGGCUUUCUCCUAUUGAUCGUGAGGCCUUUGCUGUUUUGCAGAUGCGCAUGGAUGCUGGCGAACCCAGACGCAUACAGGUUGGUAGCUCUGGACCUUCUCUUGUUGUUUACACUGAUGGCGCCUGUGAGCCUGGUGCUACUCGGCCGCUUUGCACCGUUGGAGGUGUGCUUUAUGCUUCUUGGAACGGGGCUGUUAAGGUUCGAUACUUCGGGGUCACAUUGAGUGACUCCUUGGUCGACCUAUGGGCCGUAAGAAGCACCUAA